AUGAGAAUUUCUUAUAAGUUUUAUUUAACGAUUAUCUAUCUUUCCUCAUAUCUAAUUCUAUUAAUAUCUGGAAAUGAAAAUAAAUCUUCACGUAUAUUAACAAUUAAUAUUAAAUAUGGAAAAAAUGAUACAUUUAUUUUAAAUUAUAAUUUAACAACAAAUUAUCCAUAUUAUCUUACAUUUCGUUUAUUUGAACAUGAACAAAGAAAAUUUGGUUUAUAUCCACCAACAUAUCAAUAUCAACAAAAUACAAUUGAAAUUUUUAAUCAAUAUAAUAUAUCAAAAGAAUUGUUUUAUUUAUUUAUUAUUUGUUUUUAUUUUAUUCGUCCAUUAAAUGAUAUUGAUAUACAAUGUAAAGACAUACGUUUAUUAAAAACUAAUGAAACAAAUUUUAAAGAUGGACAUCGUCCAUCAUAUAAACCAUUAUUUGUAUUAGUAAUGUAUAUAUUAUGUUUUGUAAUGAUUUUACCUGUUAUUAUUCAACAUCGUCGUCGUAAAAUGGCACAAUUAGUUGCAAGACGAAAACAAUUAAGACGUUUAUCUAUAAAAAUAAGUCAAGAUCAUCCAGAUAUUUUAUCACAAAUUAUACAACGUGGACACAUAGAUUUAACAAAAAUACCAUUAGAAAUGGAAGAUACUUCAUUAUUAUCACCAAACGCAUAUGCUGAUGAUAUCGAUGAUCAUGAAUAUGUUUCAUUUACAAUACCAAAACGUAAACUAUCUUUUUCUAAAUAUAAUCAUGAUGAAUCUGAUGUUACAGCUGAUGAUUGUGUUGCUCAUCUCUUAAAUAAUACACCAUGGAAUUCAUCUUUAACUCAACAACCAACUAAGAGUAUUCUACGAAAAAACAGAAGUCCUUCAGAAACACUUGAAGAACAAUCUGUUCCAAUGCUUACAUUAUCUUAUGAUAAUGAUGAUCAACAAACUAUUUCAAAAUCAAAUAUACCUGACACUAAAAAUUCGUCCGACAUAAAUUCAAGUUUUAGCAAAUCAAGUGUAUAA